CUAAUUCCCAAAUCCCAAUCUAAUUCAAAAAUGACCGCAGGAGUUUAUGCUCUAGAAAAAGUUUGCUCCUAUAUAAAGAGGUGAGUGAAUUUUUUCAGAUUCAUUUCCGAGAUACUUCUUGUAUGGUCCAGAAAUCAGUAUGUUUCCAUUUUUAAGUAUUUUGCUGUUUGUUUUCUUAAGUAUUGUUCAUUGUCAAGAUCCUCGAAAGAGACUAAUCAUAAAUGCCAUGGAUUAUCCAAAAGAUGACGAGAUAGCUUGCAAUCUGAAACGAUCCCCAAGCCAAGAAGACAUGGGUCCCUUCUGGGCUAACAGAGGCAAAAAAGACCCAACAUAUACGCAAGAAAGGCUUUAUGUGGAGGAGCCGCGAUGGUUUAUGGUGAGAAAAAACGGAGACGACGAACCAUUUUUCAAUUCCAGAGGAAAAAAGCCACUUUAUUGGAGAUCUUUCAAAUAUACUUAUGACAAUUCUUAUAGAUCGCGAAGAGAUAGAAGGGAUUUUGUAAAUGAUAUGGAUAUCGAUCCGGCAUUUUUUGCUGCUAGAGGCAAAAAAGCUAUUGCGAAAUUUUAAAUAUUUAUUUAAUAUGCAAUAAUAAUUGUAAUAUCGUACGCCCAGUAUAGUAGAAGA